CAUGACGUUCGCCGAACACUUGUAUUGAUUAUUUUCUGACCAAUCGCGCAAUGUCAAAUUAACAGCUGCUACUUGGGAUUGUAACCACCCCCUCAAGGAGCAGCAACAGAUUUUAAUCGCCAGAACAAUUCGCGAACAAACCAGUCAACAUGAACGUAAUCACAGCGAUCAAGCUCUACAUCGAGAAGAUGACAAACGAGUCGGGCCCGGGGCUGAAGAUUAUUCUGAUGGACAAGGAAACCACAAGUAUCAUUUCCAUGGCAUUUAGCCAAUCGGAUAUGCUGCAGCGGGAGGUCUACCUGUUCGAACGAAUCGACUCCGCCCGGUCAAACGAGCGCCUGAAACAUCUCAAGUGCAUAGUCUUCAUACGGCCGACGAAAAUGAAUGUCUCUCUGCUGGCAGAUGAGCUGCGAAGUCCCAAAUAUGGAGCGUAUUACAUAUAUUUCAGCAACAUUAUCCCGCGAACAGAUAUCAAGCUCCUUGCGGAGAGCGACGAGAGCGAGUCGGUCCGGGAAGUGAAGGAAGUCUAUGCCGAUUUCCUGUGUGUGAAUCCCAACUUGUUCUCCUUCAACAUUCCGUAUUGCAUGCAGAGCCUGAAGUGGAUACCAGAAGCGCUGAUGCGUUCGGCGCAAGGUCUCACGUCCAUCUUGCUUUCACUGAAAAUUCAUCCUGUUAUUCGGUAUCGAGCUGGAAGUGUGGUCGCAGAGACUUUAGCGAAGCAAGUUUACGAUGUAAUUUCGAAGGAAUCAUCGCUUUUCGAUUUCCGCAGUCAUGAUAACGGCGUUCCUCCUCCUUUGCUGCUUAUACUCGAUCGGAGAGAUGACCCAAUAACGCCACUCCUUCACCAGUGGACGUACCAAGCCAUGGUCCAUGAGUUGCUCACAAUCAACAACAACCGAGUUGACCUAUCGAAAGUUUCUGGCAUUUCAAAAGACCUUAAAGAAGUUGUCCUUUCCGGCGACCAAGAUGAAUUCUAUUCGGGCAAUUUGUACUCCAACUUCGGCGAGAUUGGAUCCCGCAUCAAGAGCAUGAUGGACGAAUAUCAGAAGAAGGCAAAAGAUCAGCGGAAAGUGGAAAGCAUUUCAGACAUGAAAAACUUCGUGGAAACAUAUCCACAAUUCAAGAAAAUGUCAGGAACGGUUUCGAAGCAUGUCCGAGUCAUCGGCGAGUUAUCCGAUCAGACGGCGCAGAGGAAUCUGUUGAAUAUAUCUGAAUUGGAGCAGGACAUUGCCUGUCGGGCUGAUCACUCGGCACAACUUCAAAGAGUAAAGAAACUCGUGGCCGACGAGAAGACUGCCGUGAAGGAUGCUCUGAAGUUGGUGGCAAUCUACGCAUUACGCUACGAACGACAUGCAAAUUGUGAUAUAAUGGGAUUGCUGCAAACAAUAGAGAAACGAGGAGGGAAAGCAAGUUUCGUGCCGAAACUGAUCGAGUACGCAGGGCAGCAUGCGAGACAGGGCGAGCUGUUCAGCACCGUACGAAUUACCGAUGCUGUCAAGUUUACCAGAAAUCUGAUAAAGGGAUUGAAGGAAAUCGAGAACGUCUUCACGCAGCACACAUGCCUCCUGAAGGAAACGCUCGAAGAAGUAUUCAAGGGGCGUGAUCUGGAUCCCAUGUACCAAGUCGUGGGCUCGUACGUACCAUUCCGAAGACCUCAUCAGGAAGUUGUGGUGUUUAUGAUUGGCGGCGCAACCUACGAGGAGGCUCUGGCCGUACAUCAGUUGAACGUGUCCGGCUAUCGUGUGAUUUUGGGUGGGACGACGAUUCACAACUCGGACAGUUUUAUCAACGAAGUGGCGCACGCAACAAUCGGCGUGCAGCCGAAACAUACAAAGUCGCUUCAGCAAUUUUACUCGCCAGACUGAAUGUAGUCAGUGCAUUUAGAUUAUAAUCGUAACAAUCGCUUACUGGAAAAUCUAAUGCAUAUUUGUGGAAAGACUUUAUUUUCUAACUGUUAAGUGUAUCAUAUUCGAAUUGUGUAUAAGUUGAUGAUGACGUAAAUCAUUUAUGUAUUACAGUAAUAAAUAAUCUUUAAAGGAUUUGUCUAAAAAACCUAUUUAAAGAAUAUAUGAAUGUUAUUAACAAUAAAAA